GCUCCGUGUUGAACUAAGCAAGUGCGGAGAGUACUCAAGGAACUGGAGUUAUGAUCUCAGAAUAUGAAUUGGAUAGUUUGACUUUGAGAAAGGCCUGCUAGCUGCUUAUUGCAACAAUUCUUUGUACGUGUUGACUUCAGGGAAUAGUACCGCGCUGACUCAUGCCAAUAAAAGUCGUACAGUUUUGGGGGAGCUUUUAGCCGCGCAGUACGUGUACUAGAGUUGGCCCGGCCAGGCGUAGAGGUUUCAAAAUCAAAGUUUUUAUUCUCACCUACCUCGAAGCCAAUGUAGGCACUGUACUGUAUCUAAACCGGUCGUCUGGUGUGGAUAUUCUGACACGGAGAUUUGCGGACAUACCCUCAAGUAUAACCCUAUAUGCCGUGAGGUUUGAUAGAUUUCUGUCAGCAUGGCCGUGCGCCGCCAGGCUUGUGUAGAUUGAGUCUGUGCAGCUCGGUGAAGUUAGUUGCGUCAGGUCCUUUUUGGCUCUGCUCUCUGACUUUAGUUUUCAAAGGCAGUUUUGAAGUAGUUUUUAGCAUCGUAUUUGAGUCUUCGUUUAUGCGUUCACAUGCUCGGGCUGCGGCCUGGCGUGGGUUCUGAGCUUGCUGUGAAGUUCUGGAAGUAAGGACUGUUUGUGUCCCGCAGCCAUGACUCGACCCAAGGGAUCCAAAAAUAAGCCCAAGAAUAUUGACGGACCUGGACCGACUUCUGGGGCCUCUGCUGUUGCCCGUCGGAAGCGAGGGAAGGUCACUGGCGAAGAUGCCCUGCGCGGUGGGAGCUCCGCAGCCCAGCAACCCAUUAUAAGACGGCGGAGGCGCAAGAAAUCCGCGGAGACGCAUGAUCGUCGCGAGUCGACAUCGGCGGGUUUCUGUCUUCCGGCGUCUUCAAUGGAUUUGAUGAUACCCCUGGAUUUGCUCUCGGAUGUACUACAAUGUUAUGAGACUCUUCGUCGCCUGUCCGACGUACUUCAUUUGACUCCGUUCUCUCUGAAAUGCCUGUGCCAAGCGCUGGCGUAUAACGAACGUAAUCGCUUGAUCGCAGACGUGCAUGUAGCCUUGCUGACGGCUUUGCUGAAGGAUGACAAGGAGAGAGGCAUUCGCUACGUUGCCAAUGAAGAGAUGCAGGAUAGCGUCCAGUUACAGCUAACGCUACUUGACAGCAUGUCAUGGCCGAAUGUGCUACUCUCUUACAUGGAGGCUGAGCCCGACUUUGUCUAUGCGGGAAUGCUGAAAAAACGAAUCGAAUGGCACUAUCCGAAAGGAGUGGCGUACGACUGCCGGAACAAAACCAACGAGCCCUUCCCCUCUGGACCUCUGCACUUGCGCCUGGCGGUUCUCUCUCACCUGUGCCGCCGAGCCGCACAGAUGCAGGCCGCGCAGGAUAUACCGCUGCGCGAGGACGUGAUGCGUUUCUUCAGCGUUGGCCACGACGUGGUCGGCCGCCAAUACAUCUUUGCUUGUAACAUGAUGUUUGUGCGUUCCGUAAGUGGCAAGAGCAUUCUAGCUUACUACACAAACUGCGAUCAACUCAAGCUGCUAUACGACCUCGCCACGACUGAGCCCAAGUCCACAGUGGCCGUGAACCUGCGCCAGAUGUUCAGCCUGAUCCUGCUCUACAUGGAUCCGAGCGCCUGGAAGCACACACUGCUCGGCGCUACCAUGGCCAUUCCGCCUCCGCAUGCAGACCAGCCGCCGCCGCACUCCUCCACGCAAGAAGCCGUAGCCCCGUUGCUAGCGGCGACGGCCGCUACCACCACGCCGGCGGCUCCGUCGUCGUUGGCAACGCACGCCGGCGUCACGAGCAGUGCCGCUAGCAGCAGCAGCGCUAGCGUAGCGUGCACGUCGACGGUAGCGGCGGCAGCCGUACGCCGUGUGGCACCGCCACUCUCACCAGCGCCUCGUCAGUACACGGGCACUCCUCCUCCUCCCGGCACAGUAGUUGCCUCGAUGACGGCGGCCACCACACCUGUGCUUGUGGCUAGUUCCCCCGGUGCAGUGACGCUACCCACCGCCACCGGUACUCGAGCAGCGCCUGUGCCUGUGCCAGCGUCACCACCACCACCACCAACAACAGUACGGGGAAUUUUCGUCACCAAGAAGCCAAAGACUGUCGCCACGGCAGCAGUGGCAGUGGCAGCAGCGGCGAAAAAAACAGGAACACCAAUGCUCGCCCCGCAGUCUGUGCCGAUGAGCAGCACCACCGGCAUGAGUAGCAGUAACAGCGCAGCUACAGGCAGCGCUGCUGGGAAAACCGGAUGUAGUCUCGUGCUGCCCGCCGUGGACUUGGUGGCUACCACGUCUUCCUCUCCGCCGCCGCUAAUGUCACGAUCGUCUUCAUCGUCUCCGCGCACCGUGCUGCCGUCACGCAAUGCCACCAGCAGCAGCAGCACUAGCGCUGGAGCUGGUUCACACAGACCAACAAGCCUGGCUGCGCUGUCAACUCCGGCUAUCCGAGCAGCUGCCGGAACGGCUGGCUCACUGGUGGGGUACUUGCCGACGCAAACUCGCGGCGCCGUAACCGCUUCCGCCGUGACGUCCACGCACCGCGCAGGCACGUUGUCGUCGGCGGAGACGCAUGCGCUGCGCUCUGAACAGCAGGGCCACACGGGUGUGUUGCACGGUGGUGAUGCGCGCCGUCCGCAGUCGUAUACGUCGUCCCCAACCGCUUUCGUCCCACUCUCCAGUACCGUGUCCAGUCGUGCUGCUGAUGGCGCCACUCGAGGCGGAGUGCUGAGCGGAGGAACCAUGAGCAGUGCGUACGCUACGCCGCAUGUAAUGCCUCCGGGUGGUGCUGCUGCUGUUAUGCCGCUCACAACUAGCCAACGCAGCCGGACAUCACCAGCCCUGCAGCAACAGCAGCAGCAGCAACAGCAGCAGAGCCCUGCUGGUGUGCGCAUUCGGCCAACGGCAGUGUUUGUACCGGGUACGGAAAGCACACGCCUAUCUGCAAGUAGCGCUGCGCCUGCCACUGUGUCCCAACAGCUGCAGCAGCAGCAGCAGGAACAACAACAACAACAACAACAACAGCAACAACAACAACAACAAGCACCGCUAAAGGAGCAUCAACGUCACACAGCCGCAGAAAGCUCCACUGUUGGGCUGCAAGCACCCAUCUGCAGCAGCAGCAGUGCAGGCAUUGAUAGCAGCACUGCGUCUUCGUCUCGCUCAGGGCUGCACGUAUCAGCAGCAACACCCACAGGUGUGGAUAGUGCAUCAGGGAGCACAGGCAAGCUAGAGACAAGCGCUGAGCAACCGACUGACAAUACCAGUCUCGCCGCUUCCGCGUCCGAAAAUCGUGUUUCUACUGGUCGUGAAUGUGUUGAUGGUCAUGACGAGACAAGCAACACUGCGCCAACUCAGGUUCUCACUAUACGGUAUCUUGUGUGGUCGGCAUCACCCGUACUCAACAUUCUCGGCAUGCCUGCGUUUGAGCAGGGGCGGUUCUGGGCACACGCCGUGCGCGGAAAUAGCACAUUCUCAUCUACACUCUCCGCCGCUGUGUCAAUCUCGUCAUCGUCGUCAUCAUCGUCAUCAUCGCCACCGUGCGCUUCACUGUUGCUACGGUUACAAUGCGUUGCCGUGGAUCUUGAUCGCGUGCACGCGUCUCUGUUGCAGAGAGCCGCCCAGCCCACCAAGGAUGCGGACAGUGCGGCGGGCAUUACCGGCGGCACUCCUGCCCUGCCAACACCCACGGACAACAUCGGUGCAUCCGCUGGUGCUGCUGCUGCUGUUGCCGGUGCUGUUGCUACGGGCAACGCGCAGGAAGACGACCUGGACGGGACGGUGAGACGGAAGCGCAAUCGCGCCACGCGCCGUUCCAGCGACCCGUCCCUGCCGCUGGGCCGCCCGCCGACGGCGUCGUUCAAGAAGUACAGCAACGGCGACAACAUGACCUACUUCUCCGGCAUUCUGACCGAGCGGCGUCUGCACUCGCUGCAGCGCGGCUUUGUCAUCCCCGUGGUGGACGUGCACACCGUCGCCAACAACAUCCCAGCAAUGGCCGUUACGCUGCGUGCGCUAAUCUGCACGCUAGAGGCGCAGAUCCCGCUCUCGCUGAAGUGCUCCGCGUGGCAGUCGUUCCGCGCCGACUGGCUGCUGGCCGUGCAGGGCUCACAUCGGCACGAGCACCUCGCUUCGCUCGUCGAGAUGCUCGUCUACAGCCUGCGCGUGCGUGCGUUCAACACACACUGGUUCAACACGACAAGCAGCACACGCUGGCGACGGCUCACCGACGCAGACAUUGCCACGCAACCAAAGUGCACCUGUUGUAACCAUGGCAACGACAAAUCGGCCGCAUCGCCCGACCUCCGAUCUGCGGAGAGCAAGCCGGCGCAUGCCAGCAACGUGGUGAUGACAACGGGUGAUGGGCCAGCAUCGCCAGCAGAGCCCAUGGACAUCGUGUCUGCUGCGGCAGGCAAUGUUCUUUCCGAAGGCAAGUGCGGAACCAGUGCAGCCUCCGUGGCUGCUGUGGGUCCAGCUGUGGCGUAUACAGACGCCGGUCUGUCUGUCAUGGCUAGCGUUUCUGAUUACAGUGACACUCCUGCUGCUACUGCUGGUGGUGCACGUGGUGCACGUGGUCGUUUUGUUCGCAGCACCGUGUCUGAGGAGACGCUGUCCGUCACGGAUAACAAACACAAGCCUGCUCAGGGGGCCACCACUCCUGCCACAACUCCGUCCGACUCUGAAAGCGGCACCGCAGCAGCGGCAGCGUUGUUUCAUCGUCACUACCCAGCGAGCAGCAGUGGCGCUGUUGGUGGUGGUGUUGGCGGUGGCGAUGCCGGAGGUCGUGUUUCUGACGCUCACAUGCUGCGUUCGUCGCGUUCCUCUUCGCCAGUCCUGCGUGGCGGAGCGAUGCCGCGUACGUUCUCCAUCAAGCUGUCGCGCCUGUCGCCACGCCGACCCGCCUCGCCCAUGCUACCACAGCAACAGCAGCAGCAACAGCAGCUGGCCUGCGUCAAGACGGAAUCGCGGCCCGCGUCGCCCACGAUGCCACCAUUGUUGUCCUGCUUGCCACCCGACUGUGUACCUAGUACUGGUAGUCAUGGUAACACAGGGGUUGGUGCCACCUCCACUGCCAUGGCCAGUGCUGUGUUGCUAUCAGCUACGAGAAGCAGCGCAACACCCAAUCGUGAUGAUGUCACCCCCAGCCAUGAUGAUGUCACACCCAGCCGUGAUGAUGUCAUACCCGGCCAACCCAUGUUAUACGUAGAUCAGCAUCAGCCAUCUGUCAACAGCCAUCGCGCUUCUGCCAGUACUGAUAUGGGCGCCAUCGGCAAAGGUAGAUCGUCUGAAACAGCGACAUCAUCCGCAUAUUCGCGCAAAGCUAGUUGCAACUUAGAUACUAUGUCAGUAGCCGAGAAACUUUCCCCUUCACCUCAGUCCCAGUCACCGUUGAAAAUGCCAGCAGAGGGCGAGCGCUCAGCUAGCGUAUCGGCUCAGUACGUUGGCUUUCUGCACGUCAGCCCACGGUUUGUGGCUCACAAGAGCCGUCAUCAGCUACCGCACCGCCGGUCGCGCCGCAUACCGGCCAUUCAGCAGCGGAUAGACGAUGCGAUCUACCCUCGCGGCGUACCCGAUGAUGUUGUUGAGUACACGCGGGUGAUGAAGGAGAGACUGGCCGCGGAAAUGGCUGCUGCCUCGUGCGCUGUGUCUCCGCACUCGGAGCUGAGUUGUUCCGUGUCACCGGCCCCCGGUGCCAUCAAUGUAGCGUUGUCACCUCACCCCGGCGCUGCCGGUGGCGGUGGCUCGUCUCUGCCGCAUGCAGUAACCCUGGUGCCAUCGCCUGUAGCGGCACUACCCGUCAUAGACCACCUGUCUACUACUGCUGCAUCUACACAUGAUGAUGCUCACCGCACGCCUUCCGUGAUCUCCAUCGACCCUGAUGUUCUGGACAUAUCUGCAAAGGCGGCGUUUCCACCGUCGCCCAACCCACCACCGUUGAUAUCCGACGUGCGACCGGAGCGGCAACAGGAGCGCCAACCGGAGGGACAGGCACUGUAUCGGCAACAGCAACAGCAGCAGCAGCAGCAGGAGGAGUCUGCUGCAGCAUCGCCCGUGAGGGUGUCUGCGUUUGCGCCGAUUCGCCGCGGCAUGAGUCGACCGACCAGUGAGGCCUCCUCGCCGCAGUCUGCUCACUCGCCGCAAUCCAGCGCAGGCAGUGCCGCUCACUCCGGGAUGCUCAGCACCGCUGAUUCUGCUGCUGCUGCUGCUGGCACUGCACGCCAACGUGCUGGUGGUGUCGUUGCCAUGCCACCACCGCCGACCACCACACUCAAACCUGGCGCCAAUGUGCUCUCUCAGGCGACGAGUAAGAACUCGGCGUUUGCUGCAUUCGCACCUCCUGUGUGUGUCACUAGCCCUGCUGCUGCUGCUGCCGCUGCUGCUGCUGCUCCUCCGAUACAGGUGAUUGAUGGAGCAGCAGGUCAUCACAGGUCAGAUCGAGCUCCAGCAUCCAGCUCCGUGUCUCCGACAUCCUCCAGCAGCUAUGCCAGUAGGCGAGCUCACACUGCCGCCGCUGCUGCUGCUGCUGCAGGCGUUUCCAUUGCUGCUCCCGCUGGUGUUGCUGCAUCGUCGCCACAACUGCAUGACAGCUUGCGACGAGUUAGCCCCGUACCACCUGCGGCAGUGCUGCACGCCGCUGCAGCGGCGGCGAAUGCCACAAUGUCCGCCCACGGCACCGCCUCUAGAGCAGCCUACGCCGGGUCGCCCAUGGGCAACGCUCUGACUGUGGGAAACACUGGCAUGGUGACAUCAUCCGGGCCGUACGGUGACGUCAUGAUGACGUCGUCAUUGGGUCCUGGCCCUGCUGGCUCGACAUCUGCAGGCGGCGCCAUUUCCCCUGCUGGCAUGCUCUCCCCGGCAAUGCAUGCGCAAUCGUCUGGUGUUGUGAGUCCUGCGGGCAGUGCACAGUUGUCCCCAGCGAUGCUUUCAGCCGCUCAUAUCGGUGGUGCGGUUGGUCCGUUCCUAGUGCCAAACCAUCACCAAUCAGCGGCCGGCUUUGUGUCGCCAGCGCCCAAUAAUAUGCCGGUGUGGGAUGACGACUAUGCCUGGGUACAGAGGAGCGCACACCUCACGAACGUCCUGCAAGAACUCGCCGAGAAGCGCUCCACCGCCGAUGGUGUGCCAUCAUCGCGAGCAGGGAACGCGCAGCUGCGAUAUUACAACGUCCGGGACACGAGAGCAGAAGGCACCGCUACUCCGGUAGCUGAGGGAGACAGUGGCAUGGGUGCGGGCAAGGUGGUGAACGCUGCUGAACAAGCCACCAAAGACGUGCAUGCUCAGCAAACCAGCAAUGACGUGCAUGCUCAGCAAGCUGGCAAGGAGCAGCCUAUGGAGGUCUGCACCGAUGAUGCAGCAAAGCCUGGCGCAGACAACACCGCAACGACAGCGCAACUGGCCAAGACAUCGUUGACGACAACGACGACGACAGGGACGCAGUCCGAAGGCGAGUCUUUGCACUCGUCGUCCGAUCGCGACACACCAGCUCUGACUCCAUCACCGUACCAGGCCACAGUCACGUCCGGUGCAAAGCUCUCCAUAUCGGCGAGACUGUUCAGCUUAGCCGGCAGGGGCUCCACACCGCCGGGCUCAGUAGGUUUUGUGCCAAUCCACACAGGUAGUCCUAGUCGACACACCAACACUGCAACAAUAAUCGCUGGUACCAGUAGCACAGCGCAGCGCGGAUUUGUCAGCACGCCGCCUGAUGUCCACACGGCAGCUCUGGCGUCCACGGCGAUGGCGUCACAGCACCACCAUGGCUCCGCACCCAAUCCGCUUUCGCCGUCCGGCGACGCAAUCGACGGCACUGCGAUGCCGGCCAGCUCUACCACGUCAGCAUCGUCUGUGUCCUCGGCCCCGGUGGCCAAGCGAGAAGACGGCAUGACCAGGAUGCGUCAGCGACUCUUCCGCCGCUACACGGAGAAGCGCGUGCGAAGCCGCACUCUCUGGGAGCUAGACUGUAGCGAUAGUCGACGGUUGGGCCGCCGGGCCGGCGUCUGCUUCGUCGACGGUUUCGUUUACCAUUGCAAGUCCUCGUCAGCACCCGCCACCGCACAGCAGCGGCAGCUGGAUGAGCUUGCCAAGUUCACGGAGGACGUGUGCUGUUGCAAGCCGGGCAUCGACAGUUUCCCGCAGCCAUCCAUCGGGCGCAUGUGGCGCUGGCGCAUGCGCCACUGUUCCUCAUUCUCGUCCAUAGCGCUGCAGAUGCGUGUACUGCACGCAUGUCUGGACUGGGAUCUCUUCAUGGUGCUGUCCGGUGUGGUGGCGGCCGCUGCAGACACGCAGCGCACCAUUCUAUCUCGCCGUGACAUAGACGCCUGGGGCAAGCAGUCACAGUAUCUCAUCUCGCCGCUGCCUUCUGCCGUUACCACGGAAACGUGGUCGGCAACUGUGCGGCAGCGUGUCGCCCCAGGCAACGAGGACAAGAGCCGCAGUAUGCACGCUGGCCACGCACCACCGACCACUACUUGUGUCAGUGUGUGCGCGGAUACACGUGAUAAGCCGACUGCUGCUGUUGCUGUUAGUGGUUCAGACAUGGAAGUUGGCGACAUUGCUGCAACUGCUACUAGCGCUGAGACCCGGAGCAAGUCAACAACACCGACAGUGCAAACAAGAACCGGAUCAUCAUCAUCAUCGCUAGCUGUAUCAGCAACCAGCGCAGCAAUUCAAGGCGUUGCUCGUGAGCCUAGUGAGGCAGUGUCCAUGGUUACGACUGCAGCACCGAUGUCGCUUGGACACGAGACCACUGGGGACGCGGCACGAGGAGGCGAGACAAGCGGAACAGAGUCCGUUGCCAAGACGACUGCGCCCAUGGCUGGCGGUGAGCAGGCCAGUGUGGGUGACGACGCAUCGCAAGCCACUGCUGAGUUGCCCCGGCAGCUGCAUGUCACCGACGCUAGCCAGCAACACUCCGCGGAAGAACGCUCGGCGCGCAUCCUGGCCAACUUUGCCAAGUCUUCGCCAGCUCUGCUCGGCACGUGCUGUAGGAAUCGCUCGCGAGUGCGUGCCUUGUCGGACCUGCACGCCUCGCGGGUGGACUGUCGGCCUGGCAGCGGUGAUAAGGCCGCUGUUGCCACCGGCAGCAGCGGCAGGGUAGUGGUUGGCAUGGCAACACACACUCCAGUGAGCGUGUCGUCUUCGCAGCACGCUUCUCCCGUCGGCGGAGAUGGCGGCGACAGUGAUAGUGGCUGGGUGUGUGAGCUGUGCGUGAACGCCUACGCCGCACAUCUGUUCCAGUACGAUAUGGUGCAAGACGAGCAGAUGCGUUCCGUCAUGCAGUCGAGGCCGAAACCGCUCGAGUCGGUCAGUCGGUAUAUACUGGGACCGAAGUAUCGCCUGACGCAAACCGCCGGCAUCAUUGUACCGCAGAAACGAAUGAACAGCCCGAUCACAGGCAACACGACAGUCUCCGAUCCAGGCAAUGUUCUCUCUCCAUCGUCGCACGGUGAGCCCGUGUCCAAGCAACCCAGACUGGACGGCAUGACUGGCGUGGUCUCUUCGCCGGAGCGCGCAGUGGUCGCCAGGGGUCGCAAGCCGGCGACUGUACAAUCCGAUGGAUCUUUGUCGUCUGUAUGUGCAUCGCAAACUCAAAGGCUAGCUGGAAAAGCAGCGGCGGAAGCAGCCGCUGCUGCAGCUGCUAGUCGGCAAGACCGCAGCCUGGUUGGUGAAUUGGCUGGUGCAGCCACCGUAGACUCAUCAUCUCACAAGCAGCUGACUGCUGCUGGUGCUACUGGUGGGCAGGCAACGACGGGGCCUUCCGACCAAACCACAAGCACUACUGCCAGCAUCAGCUCUACAGGAUCUGCUGGUGCUGCUGGAAGUGUUACUCUGUUAAACUUGUCCGGACAGGAGGCACAGAACAGCAGCAGUAGUAGUAGUAGUAGUGCGCGUGUCACAUCCAGCUCGAUGCCCAUGGCUGGUCGUACCGCCAACACCACAUCCACAGCCACAACCAGUGGUGGUAGUAGCGGAGCGCCAGCAAGCAGCUUGACCUCCACUUCCCUGGCAGCGGCGGCGACUAGCAAGGCAAGCACGGCCGGAGUCCCUGCCAGCGGUGCCAGCAGCGGUGGCCAGAGCUCUCCGACCGUGGCCCCUUCCUUGCUCAGCGCUGCACAGUGCAUGCUGAGCGGCGAGGAUAUCAAGCUGCCCUCUAACCUGGUCAAGAUGGGCAACCGCGGCGCGUCUGCCUCUGCAACGCUGGGCACAUCGCCGCAGUGUGUUUAUCUGAUCCGGGAAACUAGCUCCUCUCCAGCUCUCCUCCUGUGUGUCCCCAUUGGCUUUGACAUCUCCAAGCUGAAGAUGAUGCCAACGGAUGUGGGCGUGAAGGUGCGCGUGACACGCUCCCUUCCCGCCACCAGCCAGCCAGAAACGCCGUCGACUUCCUCUGGGACAGCGACGCCUGCGGAAGUGUCACAACCGCCUACAAUAUCAACCUCAACCCAAGCAACACCUUCCGGUCACAAAGCUGCACCAAAGCUUCAAUCCCCACCGCGGCAGCAGCAGCAGCAGCGGCCGCAGCAGCCGUCACAGCAGCCCAAACAACAGCAGAUUCAUGCUGUGAAGAAGGAGACUGGUGCCGAACGGCUGCCACCGCCCUCUGGCCGUGUAGUGUUUGACGUGCUGUCGUCAUCAGGGCCCUCGUCACCCGAGAGAGGCGCUCUUGUCAUGUGCACAACAUCGGAAGACUGCGCCUCGGCUGACGAAACACAGCGCCCGCCAAUUUCGCGUAAGAAGCGCCCACACCUGUCCUCCUCCACACCAGCAGCAGCGGCAACAACAGCAGUCAGUAGAACAGACGGCAGCAGCAGCAGCAGCAGCACUGCGGACAGUGGUCAUGCCACCAUGUCUUCGCCACCACCGACCACCGCCGUACAGACUUCCUCUUUGACGAGUCCUGAGCCGCGCAAGCCAACGCUGACGGCACACGCCAAUGACGCGUCGUCCACGCCGUGCCCCAAACGUCGCAAGCUUGUUUGGUCGGGCCCUACGAAGCUUGGAGCAGUGGACAUUGAAGACAGGAGUGGUGAAUCCGUUCCAAAGUCAACGAAUGUAACGUCAGCAGCAGCAGCGGCGGCCCUCAAUGCCUCCGCUACGCAAUCCCGUCCGGCAGCAACAAUGUCGACGGCGGCAAAGAGUGCAGUCAGCGGUGUUCGAUCCUCAUCAUCGUUAUCGGGAAGUCUCACUCAGCCACCACCACAGUCGGUCACGCUGGGUUCAUCUGCACGCGCGUCAUCGACUGCAAUCUCGUCGUCUUCGUCAUCGUCUGCAACCAUGGUGACGAUUCCCGGCGGGUCAACAGUGAUAGUACGUGGAGUGCAUGGCAUUAGCACCGACUCCGCUCAGUCUCCCGCGACCGUCACCUCCGCCUCUCCACUGACGACUGCCACUAAUUCGUUGUUACUGCCGGCGUGCGUAAGCAGCGGUAGCAAUGCUGGACAUGCACUGGUCUCCACUGGACCCGGCUCCAGCAUGCACCCUGCUGUUGCUGCAGCUGCAGCUGCUGCACCGCUCUUGAGUAAAGAUACUUCACGAGGCGCCACAACGUCGUCAUCAUCCACAUCAUCAUCAAUGCGUGCGGCUGCUGCUGCCAACGCAGUAGACAAGACCAACGUGUCGAAGAAAUCCGCCGACCACACCGCACAACAGCGCGCCGCAUCGUCGGUUUCAUCGCCGUCAUCCAGCCGAUCCUCAUCACCCAGUAAACGCACGACGACGACGACGACCAGCGGAGUUAGCCGUGUUUCCUCGCCAUCGUACCGCUCUUCACGCGUGACAUCGCCGCCGCGUCACAGCAGCGGCGGGUCGUGUGACGAGCAGUCUGACGAUGCGGCGUCACGCAUCGCCCGUAAGCUCUCCCUGCCUCCCAUCAAGACACCAAAGCUGCCGCCAUCUCUAACACCAAUCAACCUGGCUGAUGGAGCUCAGGACCCACCUACCACGGUUGCCGUACCCGAAUCCAUCAUGAUUGCACCGACCACCACCUCCACUCCGGCUACUGGCACGACAACCACAGCUGCCAAAGCAGCGCACGGCAAGAAGUCUAAAGGUGCGGGCGAGCAGUCCGCCACAGCCAGGCCAGCAUCAGCAGCCGCAGCCAAACCAGCCGCGGCCAAACCAGCCGCGGCCAAACCAGCCGCGGCCAAACCAGCGGUGGCCAAACCAGCGGUGGCCAAACCAGCGUUGGCCAAACCAGCGGAAGCAGCGGUGUCUUCCGCCAGCAAACACGGUGUCGGUGGUGUUGGUGUGGACGCAGCAAAGGGUGCGAGCAUUAAGACGCUCUCGACUCUCCCUGCGUCUUCUGCCAGUACUGCGGGCAAGUCUUCUGCACCACCGUUGGCAGCACUGGGUCAGGGCAGACGUGAUGUUGCUAGUAGUGCUGGUGCUACUGGUGCUGCUGCUACUGCUGCCAGUGGGAAAGCCGCCAUGGACGCUAGCUCCGCGUCUAAGGCUCGACCUCAGGCAUCACGGCAAGUUGACACUGGUACAGUGCAGCAACCGACAACUUCUACCGCCACCGCAACCACCGCGGCCAGCAGCAGCAGCAGCCACCGUGUUGCUCCCGUUACACAUGCUGUCUCUGGUGCCCGACAGCGCGUCCGCGGUACAACGGAGGACUCGGUCGAUGCUGCCAGCAGCAGUGUGUCUGAUGCCCGUACAUCCCGUACUGGUGGUGCUGUCCAGGUGGACAGCGAUCCACGCCAAGCCGCCGCCGCCUCCGCCUCGGAGGACGAUGACAUUGAUGUGACGGGUGUGGAAUCGCCGUCGGCGGAAAGUGAAGAGGACCUCUCUGCGGCGUCCAUGGAAGACGGCGACUCUGUCCACUGCAUAUGUCAGCAGCCCUGGAGCAAUCGAAGGCUUUACGUGGCGUGCGACAUGUGUGACGAGUGGUUUCACUCUACUUGUCUGGACAUACGCAAGGGAGAAGCGCACAACUUGGUUGCCUACAUCUGUGGGACUUGUUUGCCGUCUUACCAAGGCAAGCGCCCUCGCGGUGCGUGUCGUCAUGGUGCUAUCAAGACGAGGGAACACGAGAUCAACAUGCGUCGUCGCCAUGGUAAGCCACUGGAUGCCCCAAUGGCUCGUGUUAAGACCACCGACGAUGAGUACUGCCUGUGUCGCGAGAAGUACGACCAUUCACGGCUCUACAUUGGAUGCGAGAAGUGCAAGGGAUGGUAUCACCUGGACUGUGUGGGUCUGACAUUUGAAGACGUCGAGGGAAUGGAGUCCUACAAAUGCCCUACUUGCACGAACAAACGCACGAAGAAAGUCUUGACAACAAGGGCGGCAGCGGCGACCACAACGGCAGACAAUAGCGGCAGCAGGAAGACUACCGUGGAGUCUAGCGGUACUAGUAGUGUGAAACAGGCCAUGUCUGCCUCCUCGAGCACCGGUCACACCAGUGCAAGCAGCCAUCAAGCAGGAAGCACGACUAGAAGCGUGUCGUCACGCACCAAGACACUCUCCUCGUCGUCGUCAUUGGCAACCUCUGCUGCGCCUCAGACCCAGGCAUCUCGUACGGCCGAAGCAAAGUCGUCUAAAAGCACGUCGUCUGCAUCCCUGCCUUUGCUGUCCCGUGGGUCGACGAGCUCUGAAGCAGCAACUUUGCUGUCCCGUGGGUCGACAAGCUCUGAAGCAGCGACGACGACGACGACGACUACUACACUGCAAUCACAAGCAAUCAGCAGUGCAAUGAGCAGUGCAAUCAGCAGACCGACGCACACCGCUCUGACUGCUCCAGUCAGUGGUACGAAGAUAGCCGUGACGAGGGUCACAGCGACUUUGUCAGAUACGGGUCCGGGUAGUCAGCUGAGGCACCCGUCAUCGGCAGCGGUGGUGGCGGAGCACGCUAGGGAGCGUGAGCAGAGGCACCCAUCAUCAUCAUCAUCGGCAGUGAAGGAGGAUACUGGCGAUCGCCAGCAGAAACACACGGCCAUGACUGUGAUGGAGGAGGACACCACCAUGCAGAGACUCCGAAGCAGCUCUAGUGCACGGUCAGGUACUGCAGACGACGGCAUGGCCACGGGCGCCACUUCAGCAUCCUCGUCGCCCAGAAUGAAACGGCGUGCGCAAGAGGUCGACACCAGUGAUCAAGUGUCGGCAACGGCCAAGCGCACCAAACGCCCCGGCCAGCUGUCCACCACGCCCGCAGAAAGUCCGUCGGCAAGCAGCACUGCAGCGUCCUCUGUCCGUGCCACACGCUCCAUGGAGGCCCUCUCCGACGAGAAACCUGUGUCGAGGAAGACCUCUCCACGCCGUGAAAGCCGCUCCAGUCUCACUAACCCGCCGUCAUCGGGUGGUGGCAAGAGCGGACCGGCACUGAGACGCUCGCCCAAGAACAAAACUGGUGGCAGUAAGCAGUCUGUGCCGGCGGGGGCAACGGCGGUGGCAGACUCCAGUGCUAAUCCCCAUGACGACGAGGACGAUGAGGACCUGCACGCUGCAGGAAAGUCUCAGACGACCAACACAGGCGGUGCCAGUGGUGCCAGCUCACCACACGACGCGGCCAAGUCGUCGACUCUCUUCUGGACGUACAAGAAAGGCGUCCUUGCCGCCAUGAAGGCGGAGACUGUGCGUGUGGAGAAGACCUGGCUGCUGAACGAAGAGGAGAGGCAGGGCCUGGCCAAACUUCUAGACGAGCUGACGUCCUCUGCUGCAUGCGAAGCGUUUCUUCAACCUGUCGACACCAAACAAGCUCCGGACUAUUUUGAAGUGGUCGAAUAUCCAAUGGACUUCGGUACAGUGUCCAGCAAGCUGGUAACUGGCUGCUACCAGCACCUGUCUGACUUCCGUCACGACGUCAGUGCAAUCUUCACCAACUGUCGCCAGUACAACCGCAAAAGCUCCACACUGUACAAGGACGCCACGGCACUGAGCCGUGUGUUUGGCCAAAUGCUCUCCGGCUGGAAGCGAAAGUACAAGGAGAUACGCGAGGGCGGCAAUCGCUCGUCCUCUUCGGAGGACGAUGAAGCGGCUGGGGUUGGCAAUGAGCGCGGUGCUGCAAUCGACAGUACUGACGCAAGGCAACGACGUGGCACUCGAAGCCUGGGCGCCGACGCCUCUAGCGAGCGUGCACACCCCGACCAAGAGCUCGAUGAGCAAGGUGACUUGGACGUGUGAUGCAAUGCCCCGCGCUCGCUCUCUGCUGAAGUGCCAGCUGCUGUAUGGCGCAAGAUUGGACUGUGCUGUAUAGUGACUUGGAUGUGUGAUGCUCUCUGCUGAGAUGGCAACUGUCAUGCAAGACUGGACCCACGGUGCUGUGUAUCUGCUAGCCCAGCUUCAUUAUGUGUUCAUAGUGUCAUGUGUAAGUGUGUGUGUAUAUAUACGGGUGUGUGUUUGUGUGUGUAUAUACGUGUGUUUGUGUGUGUGUGUGCGUGCGCGUGUGUGUGUGUGCACGUGUGUUAGUAUCCCAGCGCACAUACAUGUGCAUAUCUUAUACGUCUGUCCAUGCACAGUCCCUGAACAACUGUAUUGCAUGCUGUGUUUCCGCUGUCCUCCCCGGCACUGCUGAUGCCUUCUUGCGGUUGCGCAAUCUUACACAAUCUAGUGCACCACAUGUAGCUGUAUGUCCAUGUGGUCUUGGCGCACGGCAAAAAAACCUUUAAUUAUCACUUUUUUGGCUGUAUUUUUGAAUUUUUCAGCUCUCUCUCUCUCUCUCUCGCUCGCUUAUUUUGUAUCUUGGUUACUAUUUGAAUGCCGUCCUGAUCUCCGCAAGUGUGGGCGAUCGUUUGGUAACCAUAGUAGUAGGCGUGGACGUCUGAAGCUAGGAAAUAUCUACUCAUUCUCGUGUGGGUCUUGUUUUUUUGUCCGUAUCAGCUCCUGUGCCGUACAUCUAUGCAUCGAUUUGUGAUUAUCUUUACUGUACUUGGCUACUCGAUGGGAAACCUUUUUUUCUUCGUAUCCUGUCUACUUUUACCGUGCGAUAUGGACUUUUAUGCUGUGUGCUGGAUAUGAUGAGUGCUGUUUUAAAACAUUAUGUUGUGCUCCCCAAGUUGCUUAGAAUCUACCUUAUGCCGUCGCUUUGACUUUAAUAGCCUUAACCCCAUCCGUAUCAUUAUCAGUGUGCCAGGCGCUGCGAGAUACUCUAUUUUACGUUCCGUUCAA